UCUCUUCGAGGAUUAACUGGAGAGACUAAAGAUGAUUCCUUUCUUAGCCACAUUUGCUCUGCUCCUGCUGUGCACUGUUAACCCUGCAGUUGCCAACGGUUAUUAUGACAAGGUGUUGGCUCACAGCCGGAUCAGGGGCCGAGAUCAGGGCCCAAAUGUCUGUGCCCUCCAACAGAUUCUGGGCACCAAGAAGAAAUACUUUAGCUCUUGCAAGAGUUGGUAUCAAGGUGCCAUCUGCGGGAAGAAAACGACCGUAACAUAUGAAUGCUGUCCUGGUUAUAUGAGAAUGGAGGGAAUGAAAGGCUGCCCAGCAGUUAUGCCUAUUGACCAUGUUUACGGCACCCUGGGAAUUGUGGGGGCCACUACAACCCAGCACUAUUCUGAUGUAUCAAGACUGAGGGAAGAGAUCGAAGGAAAGGGGUCCUACACUUACUUUGCACCGAGUAAUGAGGCGUGGGACAACUUGGAUUCUGAUAUCCGUAGAGGAUUAGAGAACAAUGUUAAUGUAGAAUUAUUGAAUGCCUUGCAUAGCCACAUGGUUAAUAAGAGGUUGCUGACCAAGGACUUAAAGCAUGGCAUGGUUAUUCCUUCAAUGUACAACAACUUGGGGCUUUUCAUUAACCAUUAUCCUAAUGGGGUUGUCACCGUUAACUGUGCUCGUGUCAUCCAUGGGAACCAGAUUGCAACAAACGGUGUGGUACAUGUCAUUGACAGGGUGCUUACACAGAUUGGUACCUCCAUCCAAGACUUCCUGGAAGCAGAAGAUGAACUUUCCUCUUUUAGAACAGCUGCCAUCACAUCUGACUUAUUGGAGUCCCUUGGGAGAGAUGGCCACUUCACGCUCUUUGCUCCAACCAAUGAGGCUUUUGAAAAACUCCCCAGAGGGGUCCUAGAAAGGAUCAUGGGAGACAAAGUGGCUUCUGAAGCUCUCAUGAAGUACCACAUUUUAAAUACUCUGCAAUGUUCUGAGGCGAUCAUGGGAGGAGGUGUGUUCGAGACCAUGGAAGGAAACACAAUUGAGAUCGGCUGUGAAGGCGACAGCAUCACAAUAAAUGGAAUCAAAAUGGUGAACAAAAAAGACAUUGUGACAAAGAAUGGUGUGAUUCAUUUGAUCGAUGAAGUCCUCAUUCCUGAUUCUGCCAAACAAGUGAUGGAACUGGCUGGAAAACAGCAAACUACUUUCACAGACCUUAUGGCCCAAUUAGGUUUGGCAUCUUCUUUGAAGCCAGAGGGAGAAUAUACUUUGUUGGCACCUGUGAACAAUGCAUUUUCUGAUGAUACUCUGAGCAUGGAUCAGCGCCUUCUUAAAUUAAUUCUGCAGAAUCAUAUACUGAAAGUAAAAGUUGGACUUAGUGAUCUGUACAAUGGACAAGUACUGGAGACCAUUGGAGGCAAGCAACUCAGAGUCUUCGUGUAUCGUACAUAUGUUCGUGGUAGCACCUUCAAAGAAAUCCCCAUGACUGUCUAUAGACCUGCAAUGACUAAAAUCCAAAUCGAAGGUGAGCCCGAAUUCAAACUGAUCAAAGAAGGAGAAACUAUAACGGAUGUGAUCCGUGGAGAACCAAUUAUUAAAAAGUACACAAAAAUCAUUGAUGGAGUGCCUGUGGAAAUCACUGAGAAGCAGACACGAGAAGAACGAAUUAUUACAGGUCCUGAAAUAAAGUACACUAGAAUUUCUGCUGGUGUUGGAGAAACAGAGGAAACCUUGAAGAAACUAUUGCAAGAAGAGGUCACCAAGGUCACCAAAUUCAUUGAAGGUGAUGGUCAUUUAUUUGAAGAUGAAGAAAUUAAAAGACUACUCCAGGGAGACACACCUGCGAGAAAGAUACAAGCCAACAAAAGGGUUCAAGGAGCUAGAAGACGAUCAAGGGAAGGUCGCACUCAGUGAAAAAUCCAAAAGCCAGACAGACGAUAAAGUUGAUGCAAUCCUAAGUCAACAAUCUGCCCUUCAGGAAAAUGUCAGGAGAGCUGUGUUGACUUAGAGAACUGUAACACCAGCAAAACAGCAAACCAUUCACUAAUUCCGCACACACAUUUAACUGUUUUCUGAAUGAGAAACAUGGGGGUAAUGUUGGAGUUAGCCUCCCAUGGGAUUAAAAAUCUGAAGGAAACAUAAUACCUUGUAGGUUUUUUUAUUUGUCUGAAAUUUGACAUUAAAAGUUCUGAUUAACUUUCAGAUCCAUCCUAGAAAGUCCUUGUGAGCCCAUGCACUACAGUUUAAAACUAAAAUUGCUGAGCUGUAAUCAUAGUGAGAAGAUUGAGCUUGUAAUUUACGUAAUGGAGAUGUCAUAAGCAUUGUUUUCCUGUACACAGGAAGUUAAGUUAUAAAACUAGAUGCUCAGUAUAAAACCAGCAAAUAGACAAACAAAACAUUUCACAACCAAGAGCCUUACACAUUUCUAAUACAAUGUGGGUUUACUGGUAAAAUUAUGCUAUUUUUUACAAUUUUAUACUCUCAAAAUGUUUGUCAUAUUCUUCUUACAGCACAUAUGUUUUAAUCUCAAACACUUCAAUAAAACCAUUUAGGUAUAAAGAGAAUUACUUCAGAUCAAGUAAUUCAGAAAACUCAAGGUUUAACUUUUUAAAAAAGCAGUUCAGACUUGGGGACAUGACUUUAUACCUCUUUUAUUGUGAACAAAUACUCAAUAAAGGAAAUUAAAAUAGU